AUGACUCCCCGAACAACUUCACCAUCACCAACUUCAUAUGGUCCAUAUGACGACUUUAACGACUUGGACCCCAAUCCCAGUAUCAAUCCAACUUCCACCACCAAUAACCAUCAUUACUCCACAGCCUUAUUAACAGCGCUACUACUUCAACCAUUAAAUCUGCCAAGACGAGUGAUCACAUCAUCAACGGUACAAGUGAUCUCGCUAGUGAUUCUAUACUCGUUCUGUAUAACGACACUAUGUUUCAUAUUUUGCGCGUCGUAUGUUCUCACGUUUUACGAUGAUGCCAAGCGAAUUGUACGUGCGUCGCGCGUUUGGUCUCAGGUUAAGAACGGUGUUCGGGAGAAAUUAUCAAUGAUGGGCGGAGAUUGGGAGGAAUUUGCGAAAAAAUAUUUUGAACAGACGAAUUUGGAUGGGAAUGCUACCACCAACAAUAAUAAUUCUGGAAACGCAAAAAAUGGAGCGGAAUGGGAAGAUUGGAUGAAAGGUAUGAUGUUUCGUUUCGUGGCAGUUAUAGCGGGACAAGAAAACACAAAUUGGUUUCGACAAUCUGCUGAAUCAUUUCGAUUUCGACAUUUUUCCGCUUCUAAUGUUAAUGUCAAUAAUAACAAUUCGACAAAUGUCAAUUCACCCACUGCUUAA